AUGGCGGAGAAGCCAAAGAAACGUGUGUCUGAACUCUAUCAGAAAUUGACUCAGUUAGAGCAUAUUAUCAAGCGACCAGACACCUACAUUGGCUCCGUUGAGCGCACCGAGAAACAACUAUGGGUCUACAAUACCGAGAAGGAGUGCAUGGAAUACCGGGAGGUUUCCUUUGUCCCCGGUAUUUUCAAAAUCUUCGAUGAGAUCCUGGUCAAUGCUGCCGACAACAAGCAAAAUGACAAGAACAUGGAUGAGCUCAAGGUCACCAUUGACCGCGAGAAAGGCGAGAUCAGUGUCUGGAACAACGGUCGCGGCAUCCCCAUUGAGAUCCAUUCCAAGGAGAAAAUCUAUAUCCCUGAAAUGAUUUUCGGCCACCUCCUCACUGGUUCCAACUACGAUGACGAUCAAGCAAAGAUUACUGGUGGUCGCAACGGAUACGGCGCAAAACUCUGCAACAUCUUCAGUACGGAGUUCACGGUCGAGACUGCGGAUGCGAGGCAGAAAAAGAAAUACAAGCAAAUAUGGACCAAAAACAUGUCAGAAAUGGGCAAGGCGAAAAUCACGGACCACAAAGGCGACGACUACACGAAGAUCACAUUCAGUCCAGAUUUCGCCAAGUUUGGAAUGACUGGGAUUGACGAUGACUUGGAAGCGCUCUUCAAACGUCGCGUGUAUGAUCUCGCUGGCACCUGUAAAGGCGUCGCAGUCAAGCUCAAUGGCUCCCGGGUCCCGGCACGGAACUUCAAGAAGUACAUCGAGAUGUACACCAAAGCCAUCAAAAAGGAGAGGGGCGAAGAAGCGGCGAACGACACCUCCGAAAUCAUCACCGAAUCCACUGAUCCCCACUGGGAAAUCGGGUUUACCGUAUCUGACGGCUCCUUUCAACAAGUCUCCUUCGUCAACUCAAUAGCUACUACAUCUGGAGGUACCCAUGUGAACUACAUCGCCGAUCAAAUCGUGACGCGACUCAUGGAUAUUGUAAAGAAGAGAAACAAAGGAGGCGCAACUUUGAAACCAAAUCAAAUUCGCAACCACAUCUUUCUCUUCGUCAAUGCAUUGGUUGUCAAUCCAGCGUUCACAUCACAAACCAAAGAGCAGCUUACCACCAAAUCAUCUCAGUUCGGCAGUAAAUGCCAGGUCUCGGAAGAGUUCAUGAAGAAGAUCGCCAAAACAGAAGUCAUCAACAAUAUUCUUCACUUUGCGCAGCAGAAAGCUGAUCAGAUCCUCAAGAAGUCUGAUGGAAGCAAGCGCAGCCGCAUGAACAACCCAAAGUUGACUGAUGCCAACAAAGCAGGAACCCGAGAAGGGCACAAGUGUACGUUGAUCCUCACCGAGGGAGACUCAGCAAAAGGCCUUGCCAUGGCAGGACGGUCAGUCGUCGGUCCUGACUUGUUUGGCGUGUUUCCCCUUCGUGGAAAGCUGUUGAAUGUUCGCGAUGCAUCCGUGGACCAAAUCUCGAAGAAUGCCGAAAUUCAAAAUAUUAAGAACUUCCUUGGUCUUCAACACAAGAAGGUUUAUACUGAUACCCAUGGUCUCCGCUAUGGAUCUUUGAUGAUUAUGACGGAUCAGGAUCAUGAUGGCAGCCAUAUCAAAGGCUUAUUGAUCAACUUCUUACAAGUCCAGUUUCCAAGUCUACUUAAAAUCCCCCAUUUCCUGGUGGAAUUCAUCACACCAAUCGUCAAGGUUUGGAAAGGGGAUCCCAAGAACCCUUCCCAGUCCCGGUCAUUCUACACCAUGCCCGAGUAUGAAGCAUGGAAAGAAGCACACAAGGGCGACAAGUCCUGGGACCACAAGUACUACAAGGGAUUGGGUACCAGUACAGCUGAAGAUGCCCAACAAUACUUCAAUGACAUUGACAAACAUCACAAGGAAUUUGAAGUCAUGAAGGAUGACGAGCCAGCAUUGAUUGAGUUGGCGUUCUCAAAGAAGAAGGCCGACGAACGAAAGGAGUGGCUCCGCCAGUUUAAGCCAGGCACCUACCUGGACCAUACGAGCAAGGAAAUAUCUUACACCGACUUUGUGAACAGGGAGUUGAUUCUUUUCAGUAUGGCCGACAAUAUUCGAUCCAUUCCUUCUGUGAUAGAUGGUUUGAAGCCUGGCCAGCGGAAGGUCAUGUAUGGUUGCUUCAAGCGCAACAUCAAGAAAGACAUGAAAGUUGCGGAACUUGCAGCACUGGUCUCAGGAUUAACAGCAUAUCAUCACGGCGAUGUCUCUCUCCAACAGACAAUUGUGGGCCUGGCACAGACUUUUGUAGGAUCCAACAAUGUUAACUUGCUGGAGCCGUCUGGGCAAUUUGGUACUCGAAAUCAAGGGGGCAAUGAUAGUGCUAGCUCACGUUACAUCUUUACACGCCUAUCUGGAUUCGCUCGAAAGCUAUUCAACCCAGCAGACGAACCUCUUUUGAAGUCUCAGACCGAUGACGAUAAAGUCAUCGAGCCUGAAAUCUAUGCACCAGUGGUGCCACUGAUUCUGAUCAACGGUGCAGACGGUAUUGGAACCGGUUGGAGCUCUUCGAUUCCAAACUACAAUCCAAUGGAUAUUGUUGAUAACUUGAAACGCAGAAUGAAGGGUGAAGAGUGGACACCCAUGGUGCCUUGGUUCCGAGGGUUCAAGGGUGAAGUCAAGGCAACUGCUCCCGAUCGGUUCCAGUUUAGCGGUAUCAUUCAUCAGACUGGCGACACAGAGGUUGAAAUCACCGAAUUGCCCAUUCGCACCUGGACUCAAGAUUUCAAAGACAAGCUCGAAGAAAUCAUCAAGGCAGAGAAAGUGCCUUCAUUCAUUAAGGACUACAAAGACUACAAUACUCAUGAUAGCGUCCACUUCGUCAUUCAGAUGGACGAGAAACACAUGAAAAAUGCUGUCGAUGAAGGACUAGUCGAAAAAUUCAAACUCACAAAGUCUGUUGCAACUUCGAACCUGGUGGCAUUUGAUCCUCAAGGUCGCAUCACCAAGUACGCGAAUGUGGAAGCGAUCCUAGACGAGUUCUACAGUUAUCGCCUGCAAUUGUAUGCCAAGCGAAAGGAAUGGCUAUUGCAAGACAUGCAUAGAGUUUUGCGACGCCUAAGCAAUCAAGCCAGGUUCAUUCAGAUGAUCAUUGACAAUAAAUUAAUCAUCUCAAAGAAGAAGAAAGGUGUCUUGAUUGCGGAACUCCAGAAACUUGGGUUUGAUCCAUUCCCAAAGACUGCUGAUGCCGCCAAACAAGGGGAGAUAGAGCCUGUAGUGGAUGAUGACGAUUCCGAGGACUCUUCCGUUGACGCGAACUCCUACGACUACCUCCUUGGUAUGGCGCUCUGGUCCCUGACCCAGGAACGAGUGGAAAAAUUGCAACGCCAAAUUGGGGAAAAGGAAGAGGAAAUCGAUAUAUUGAUGAAGCGAUCGAAGGAGGAGUUGUGGACAGCUGAUCUGGAUGCAUUCAUUGACGAGUGGAAAUUCCAGCUCGAGGAUGAACAAAACCGAAAGCGCAACAUCCGGAAGGGCAGACGCGUGUCCAAGAAAUUUGCAACUGCCGCAAAUUCUAAAGCCGCCGUCAAGAAGCGCAAAGGAUUGGGCGAUGCCCUUGACGAUUCUGAAUUUGAAGAAUUUGCACCGAAAGCGAAGAAGCGUGCUCCUGCUCCUAAACCGAUUCAAAAGGCCAUUACUACAUAUACUGCACCAAAGACUAACGCCCUCAAGAGUGCCAUGGACCAGCGCAAACUCUACACUGACGGUCCAGGUGAUUCCGCCGCCGAGGACUCCGAACUUCCCAUGAAAGACAGUGUGGACUUGUCAGAUGAAGCCCCGAAGCCUGCAGCACGAGAAGGGCGCGGAAAGAAGACGGCCAAAUACACAAUUGACAGCGAUUCGGAAAGCGAUUUAGAUCACUACUCCGACGACUCUGAAGAUGCACCAAACAAGAGUGCAGGAUUAGAGUCGGCAGACCUAUCAGACUUGGACGAGGUUAUUUCCAAACCUAAGCCACGCGCUGCCGCGAGUCGCAAGAAAUCUCCACUCGAUGACGAUCUCGAUAGCGAUUUCGACCAACCCUCGGAAGCCCCCGAAGACGCUCCCAAGGUCAAUGGCACCUCAAAUGCAAGCGGGACAUCAGAUGAGGACGAGGUCAUUCCCAAGCCAAAGAGCCGUGCUGCUCGUCCUGUUGCGAAGAAGCCCGUCAAAGUUCUCGACUUAGAGGACGAGGACGGGACGGGACUACCUCCGAAAACCAACAGCAAGCUGGUUCCGAGUGACGAAUCCCAUUUUGAUGAAGUUAUGCCCAAGCCGAAGAGUCGAGCCGCGCGUCCAGCCACCAAGAAACCAACAAAAGUGACCGAGUCGGAAAGUGAGGAUGAGUUCAAGACUAGCUCCAAACCUAUUGCCGCCGAUGAGUCUGACUUUGAUGACGUCGUGCCUAAGCCUAAAGCCCGAGUUACGAAACCUGUCGCAAAGAAAGCUGUAAAGGCACCAAAAGCGAAGAAUGAUAGCGGUGAUGAAGUUGCACCCAAGGCGAAGGGCAAGAAGGUGAAGGCAGCCGAACCAUCUGAUAACGAUGAACCUAUUGCAAAGCCUAAGGAUCGGGCCCCUCGCGCGAAUGUCAAGAAGGUGCCAACAUACACAUUGGAAUCAGAUAGUGACAAUGGUGACGACUUGCUGGCUGAUCUCGGUGACAUGGUCAAAGGGCUACCGACAAAGACUGCGUUGAAAGACACACAACCCAAAGAGAAGAAACCUCCGGCCAAGAAACCUGUGGCCGCAGCAAAGAAACUGGAACAAUCACCUAUUGCGAAGGCUUACGCAAAACGAUUGGCGAAGAAGAAGGCGGUUGAUUCGGAUGAUGAUAUGGAUAUGACCUUCUGA